AUGCAGCUCCCCCUCCUCCGCCUUGUCUCCCUCCUGGGCCUCCUCUCCGGCGCCACAGCCCACGGCCUAGUCCAAAACCCACCCACCCGCUCCCCCGGCGACGCCACCGCCGCCGCCUGCGGCAAGACCAUGGCCAACUUCUACAAGGCCGACAACACCAGCUACCCCGAAGCUUUACUUAGGGCCAACCCCGGCGGCCUCAAGGACGGGUACAACGCCAAGAACUGCAACCUCUGGCUGUGCAAGGGCUAUCAGUUUGGGGAUAACAAGGCUGGUGUGCAGCAGUAUGUAGGAGGGCAGGAGGUUGUGUAUAAAUAUGCGAACGUCAGCGUCGUUGAUACGACCACCAACUCGGCAAUUGGAUCGCCGUUGCUAGCUUGGCCGAGUGGUUACGCGGCUUCGUCAAACCCGCCGAAGAAUCAUACGGAUUUUAAGGUCAAGAUCCCGGAUAACCUGGGAGGAAGGUGUAGUCAGGCUGGUGUUUGCGUCCUCCAGUGGUACUGGUUCGGACAGGCUCAGACUUAUGAGUCUUGUACCGACUUUGUCGUGCCUGAGGUGACAGCAGCUGCCGAUUCUCCGAUCCGGAAGCGUGAGUGGUGGGCUUGA